ACAUAUAUUAGGAAACAUUUAAUCUGUCACUGAUUUAUUUGCACAGUGCAAUCAAAAUAAAUAUCUUGCCUUAAUUGUUGAUAGUUUUUUUUGUUAUGGAAACAUGCAAAUAAGGAACGAUAGGGACACCUUCCUAACCAUUGUCGCACAAUUCCCUACGGCCCUCAUCUCUACUCAAUAAAAUCCUACAGGCUCCUCCCUCCCUCGCUUUACCAGUGCUACGACAGACGUUUUACCCCAGUAAUGGAAGCAAUGGCGAAUUUUGGGGGAGUGCGACGACUACAUGUACGAUUUCAUCACACUUUCCUCAGACGAAGAACAACUAGACACAAUCUGGAUUAGGAGCUCCCGCCCAUUCCCUAUUGAGAUUACCCUACGGAUCAUCCGAGACACCAUCCGAGGAGAUGGACUUGUCCAUCCGUUAUGCUUCGAUCUUGCUGUGUGUAAGAUUACUACCGACGCAGUAGAGAGGAGCGCAGGCACCAGCUCUGUUGGAAAGACACAUUUUUUCAAUUUGGGAUUCCAUGAGCAAGCACGAGCGCUAAGGCAGACUUGGUUAAGCCAAGAACAGCGCACCAAUGCGCUGAUUAACAAUGUCGUGCUUGAGCCUUUUCCAAGAUACGACGUGUUUUCACACCCCUACAAUUUAUCUUCUCCCACUGGCACUCGUGGAUUCGUCCUACGGUCUUUUUGCAGUGAACAUGGAAAUGGAGAGAAAUGGAGAGGACUAUCGUUAUUGAUUAUUCGAACCAGGCUUUAUUUCAUUUUGAGGAGGACUUCCAUGACACUGAACUUCAGCGGGGAGCCCUUUUAAUGAAGCAGGAAUUCAGCUUUUUCUUGCAACAGGAGGCCCCUGAUAGGAACAUCCAACUUGUGGAAUGGCCCAAACAAGAGAACGUUCAUGUUUCACCUCGACGAUACUAUUUUAAAUUUGGCUUGCAUAUUAGUGCCUGCGCUAAUAUAGCUAUUAUAAUAUGGUGUUUUUUCGUGACAACAUGGACUCCGGAUUCAAAGUCCUACAGGAGAUGGCCCAUCUGUAUGAAACCAUCGGGAAUGACAUGGUUCAUAACAUGCCUAGGACUAACGUAAGUGCAUUUGUAAUGAGGUUAAAGAUUUCAUAUAUUUGCUAAAUAUAUCUUCUGACUUUGUUUAUGCAUAAUUUGAAGGAUCCACAAAGUCUCAGGAAGCGACUAAUGGUCCAGAUGCUGAUGGUCAGGGAGAAUGAAGCAAAGGAUAACAUUCCAGAGCAAGUUAGAGCAGCGUUGAGAUUUAUUGGUGGCUAAGGAGGACUGCUGCAUCGAUAAAUACCUAAAAAUAAAGUGAUGUUUAGUUGCUUGCUAGGCCAUGUUCUGUUUGAUGGCAUGAGAUGAUCAGAUGACAUUUUCUCUUAUAUUUUUAAAGUUUAAAUAGUGAUUGAUGUUGGCAUGCACUAGCUAUGUUGGUUGUAUAUUUAUCUUUCCUUCUAUCUAAAUUUUACGGUGUAGACCAGACCAGUUUGGACCAGGUUUGGUGCUCCAGGUGAA